GCCCUUACAGGACUUAGGAGACUCUGGCCCCUGGCUAGGGACUCUGCAGCGCGGAGCCGUGCGCGCGGGGAAGGGGGCGCGUGCGCAGGUGAGGGGCCGAGGCGCGCAGGACUUUGUUUAGCCGGUUGAGAAGGAUCAAACUGGCAUUUGGAGCACAGGUGUCUAGAAACUUUUAAGGGGCCAGUUCAAGAAGGAAAACUUCCCUUCUGCUGUGAAACUACUUGGCAGGAGGGCCCAAUGGCUGCAAAGUCGCAGCCCAGCGCUCCCAAAACCAAGAGUCUAGACGGCGUCACCCAUGGCAGAACCACAUCUCAAGGGCAGUGGGGCCGGGCCUGGGAGGUGGACUGGUUUUCCCUGGCGAGCGUCAUCUUCCUCCUGCUGUUCGCGCCCUUCAUCGUCUAUUACUUCAUCAUGGCCUGUGACCAGUACAGCUGCGCCCUGACUGGCCCCGUGGUGGACGUCGCCACUGGGCGUGCUCAGCUCUCAGACAUCUGGGCUAAGACCCCACCUAUAACGAGGAAAGCCGCCCAGCUCUAUACCUUCUGGGUCACCUUCCAGGUGCUUCUGUACACGUGUCUCCCAGACUUCUGCCAUAAGUUCCUCCCCGGCUAUGUAGGAGGCGUCCAGGAGGGGGCUGUGACUCCUGCAGGGAUUGUGAACAAGUAUCAGAUCAACGGCCUGCAAGCCUGGCUCGUCACGCACCUGCUCUGGUUUGUGACUGCUCACCUCCUGUCCUGGUUCUCACCCACCAUCAUCUUCGACAACUGGAUCCCGCUGCUCUGGUGCGCCAACAUCCUCGGCUACACCGUCUCCACCUUUGCGAUGGUCAAGGGCUACCUCUUCCCCACCAGCGCCAGAGACCGCAAAUUCACAGGCAAUUUCUUUUACAACUACAUGAUGGGCAUCGAGUUUAACCCCCGGAUCGGGGAGUGGUUUGACUUCAAGCUGUUCUUCAACGGGCGCCCCGGGAUCGUCGCCUGGACCCUCAUCAACCUGUCCUUCGCAGCGAAGCAGCGGGAGCUGCACGGUCACGUGACCAACUCCAUGGUCCUGGUCAAUAUCCUGCAGGCCAUCUACGUGCUCGACUUCUUCUGGAAUGAAACCUGGUACCUGAAGACCAUUGACAUCUGCCAUGACCACUUCGGGUGGUACCUGGGCUGGGGCGACUGUGUCUGGCUGCCGUACCUUUACACGCUGCAGGGUCUGUACUUGGUGUAUCACCCCGUGGAGCUGUCCACCCCGCACGCCGUGGGCAUCCUGCUGCUGGGCCUGGUGGGCUACUAUGUCUUCCGGGUCGCCAACCACCAGAAGGACCUGUUCCGCCGCACGGACGGGCGCUGCCUCAUCUGGGGCAGGAAGCCCAAGGCCAUCGAGUGCUCCUACGCAUCCGCUGACGGCCAGCGGCACCACAGCAAGCUGCUGGUGUCGGGCUUCUGGGGCGUGGCCCGCCACUUCAACUACGUCGGCGACCUGAUGGGCAGCCUGGCCUACUGCCUGGCCUGUGGCGGCGGCCACCUGCUGCCCUACUUCUACAUCAUCUACAUGGCCAUCCUGCUGACCCACCGCUGCCUCCGGGACGAGCACCGCUGUGCCAGCAAGUACGGCCGGGACUGGGAGCGCUACACGGCCGCCGUGCCUUACCGCCUGCUGCCUGGAAUCUUCUAAGGGGGCACCCCAGGGAGAAGCCCAGCGGGGCUGUCGAGAGUAUCUUCUGCCAGGUCCGUGCGGGCGGGCCUCCCAGCUCCGACUCUAGGGGCCUCGGUUUCCUGGCAGGUAUCCGGUACACAGUAACACUGUGUUCCUGGCUUUUGUCUUCAAGGAAAUUCGAGUUUACACCACUGCCGUGUUACCAACACAGACCGAUUUCCUCUGAUCGGUGUCCCUGGGGCAGGAGGGUGACCUGGUCACCUCUACUAGUCCUUUGGAGAAAAUCGAUUUGUCUUAGGAGCCCAGGCCGCACUACGCCGCACAAACUGCUGUCAGACGCGUAGCAGGACGUCUUCCCGCGCCCCGUGAUGAGGCUGCAUUUAUUCUUGCGAAAUAAAAGCGGGAGUGGGAUGUGGGGUGCGCCGGUUAUCGGUGUGUUGCCUUUGAGCUCCGGGUCCCCCUCCCCGGCUGCUCUGCGGCAGCACGCGGGGCCCACGCCACCUUUCUCCUUGGUCGCGUGCACAGUGUUGAAUUGGCCAGUGGAAGGUGCCCAGGGACGCUGGGGAGGAAGCAGCUUCUCUUUCCAGCUCCAGGGCUUCUGAGUCAUUUCCUUCCUGCUGCAUAGCUGCCAGGGGCACACAGCGGGCAUCAGGGCGCUCUGCCUGGAGCAUGCAGACCUCAGAGGUCCCAGCACCAGCUGUGGCCUUUUGGGUAGGGCGAGUGGGCUCCGCUCCCCGAACCCCUGUGAGCGUCCACCCAGCAGCCUCAGCGCCCAUCCCCGGGAAGGAAUUUUCGCUUGCCCUGUGACUGCACAGACUCUGGCUCGGACCACCCGGGGAACCCCCUCGGGGGGCCUCCCACACCUUCUCCAGCGAGGAGGUCUCAGUUCAGGCCUUGGGCGGGCACCUCCUUUCACACGCUUUCUUACCUGGGCAUUCUCCCUCACCCCUAGAGUGUUGCGUGAUACUCUUUUUAAACUUUACACUCUUAGUAGAGUGCAUCUUUAUAUUAAACUUUCCCGGUUGAGAUAAA